UCGGAGUCGAUGGAGGUUCACAAAGAUGGAAAGAAUCCCGAACCGUCCACAAUCCAGACUCUUCCUCUGCCUCACUAUCGGCACCAAUUCUUGCACUUCUUCCAAUCCAAGUCUCCUCCGGCGUUCGUCGACAAGAGACCCUUUGUCGCGCAAUUACCCGACGAGUUUCGAUAUAUCUUAGCUCGCCCGCCGCGUUUCGGAAAAACAACUUUUAUCAGCACACUGCAAGCACUCUAUGAUACAUCAACCGUAGAUGAGUUUGCGCAGCUGUUCAAUGGAGUCAAUGUGACUACGAAACACAAUCAGCAUCUUUGCCUCGCAUUCACUUUUGUUGGCUUGGGCGGCACACUUAGUCGCAUAUCGGACCGCGUUCGGUCAGGGCUAAAGUUCUUUGUCCGGAAAUAUGCAAAGGAACUUGAUCCGCUUCCACCUAACGGGUUUUCUUCAGUCGCGGCACAAAUGCUGACCCAAGUCAUAACGCUCGUUAGCCAACGCAAACAUUCAUUAUUCGUGUCGGUGGAUGACUUUGACGGACCGUUCCGGCUUCCUACUCGUUCCUCCACUGAGAAUACACCCACUUCAUUCAAGGAUGUCGCUGAUACUAUGAAAGAGAAUCUAUGGACUCCUCUCUUCAGCGCUGAUCCCACGAUCAUACCCAAGCUGAUUGUUUCUUGUGCGCUUCUCCCCGAUCCUGCUCUCCUUCGCGAUCUUGGUCUAUCUGCUCCAGCACAGUUCAACCUCGUUUGUGGGUUCACGGAACAGGACGUGUCGAAGCUGGCUCUCGAGGUGCUAGGAACAAAUAUCAACUGUGACCAAGUCAAAGAACACUCAGGAGAAUAUUUUUUCUCCAGUGUUCCUGUUCUCCAUCCACAACGGACAUUAACUUGGAUCAAAAGUCAACUCGAAGUCUGGGGGACAACCGACGACAAGUCAGUUGAACUGCUCAAAACAAUUAUAUACCAUGUGCCCGACCGUGACGAAUCUCAGGGAUCCUCGCCCUCAAAUUUAUGGGUUGACCGACUCAUUGAUCUCAUCGCCACUUGCGAGGCUUACGUUGACCUAGAAAUGGGUGCUUUUGUCGACAACGAUCUCAGCCGUCACAGCUUGAAUUCGUUGUACCAUCUUGGUUUGCUGGUACGCAGCGAUAAUCGUUCUGGAACUUUUAGAUUGUCAAACAAUCCCGUUUUGUUGUCGAUUCUUCAUGAUAGGAUUGAUAAGACGGUCGCUGAUCGUUACCAGUUGAAACAGCGAUGUUUUUAUAAUGCCUGGGUCAAAUUCAGCAUCCUUCAUCCGGCGGACAUGGUAGAAAUCCUCGAGUCCGUUUUCCGAGAUCGGGUGCGGAAUUGCCUCAAGAUGGGCCAGGAACCGAAUCUUCUCGGCAUUUUGGAACUCACUUUCAGAAACGGCUGUAUUACCGGCAAUGUUGAGCACGAACAUCGUCGAUUGCCUUUCAUCCCACUCUCGGGCUUCGACGAAUCAGUCGUGCUUGACAUACCCAAAUUCCCCGACGUAAAAGGAAAGCUGACACUGGAGCUCAUCACUUUAACCCUCACCGGCCUCUGGUAUGGCAAAUAUCCUGGUCGCCAUCCGACGAGGGAGGAACUGGAAGAUCUGCAUGUCCAAAUACUGAACGAGAAUGACGCUUCUUUACUAGAUCGCGCGUACCAGAAAUGGUCCUCUGCUCUGAAAGCGACGGAGGUGGUGACUGUCAAGGAGUUGAUGAGCCCGUGCGCCGAUCCAGAACACAUAAAGCUGGUUGCUGUUGGUGGUGCUCGUAUUCUAUGCCGUUGUCCUCCUGCAACGGUCCAGUUAGAUCCCGAAUAUCCUGCAUCAUUGCCGGACCCUGUUAUGGAAAGAUUCUACGAGAUUGUAGAGAGAUACAGAGAAUAUCCCAGACCCGGUCCUGAUCAAGAGGACAUGUAG